GGCUACCGUUGGUGAGCUGGAGUCGCCCCAAGAGGAAGGGACAUCGAGCGCCCCCGCGGGCGCGCAGUACGGAGAGGACGAUGACGAUGAGUUCGAGGGGCUUACGGAGGAAGAAGCUCGACUGAGGAGAGAGCAGAAGAUGCCUGUCCUGCAGUGGCAGCCCGCCGCAAACGGCCACAUAGGCGCGGUCACGUCACUCACGUACUCGCAUGAUAGCACAAUGCUUGCGACCGGCUCGGACGACACCUCCAUCGCCAUCUGGGACACGUCCAACCAGACCAUCAUCCGCAAAUGGGACGCACACACCGACGUCGUCUGGGCGCUUGCGUUCUCCCCCGACGAUAAGCGGCUCGCGUCGGCAGGCGCGGACAGCAACGUCAUGGUGUGGUCGGUCGAGACGGGCGAGUGCCUCGCAACGAUGACCGGGCACGAGGAGACGAUCCACGCGAUGGCGUGGUCCGCAGACGGGAAGUUCAUCGCGUCGGGCUCGGACGACAUGAGCGUGCGUCUCUGGGACGCAGACACGUACGAGCAGAAGACCGUGCUCGAGGGCCACGAGGCGAUGGUCACCUUCGUGUGCUUCUCGCACAACAGCCGCUGGCUCGCAUCGGGCGCGGCGGACUACUGCGCGCGCCUGUGGGACGUCGAGGCGGGCACGCCGCACGCGGUGCUGCGCGGGCACAAGGGCAUGCUGUGGCAUGCGGACUUCGACGCGGACGACCGCCGGCUGGUGACGUGCUCGGACGAUGCGAGCGCGCGCGUAUGGAGCGUCGAGACGGGCGAGAUGCUCGUCAACGUCCACGAGCACCAGGGCCCGGUGUGGAACGUCGCGUUCAGCAAGGACGGCACGCGCGUGCUCACCGCGUCGAGCGACUCGACGAUGCGCCUGUGCGAUUCGUUCACGGGCGAGCGCAAGCUCGCGCUCGACGGGCACGAGAGCAUGAUCAACACCGCGUGCUUCUCGCCCGACGGGAAGUACGUCGCGUCCGCGUCGUGCGACAACACCGCUCGCCUGUGGCGUGCCGAAAAUGGGAAGCCCCUCGCGACAUUCAACGAGCACGACGACAAGGUGACGCUGGUGGCGUUCAGUCCCGAUGGUGACACGCUCGCGUCGGGAUCGGACGACGGCACCGUUCGCAUUCGGUUGAUAAACGAGAUGCCUAGACGGAUCUGA